CCCUUCCCAACGCCUCCGCCGCGUGUCGACGUAACUCUGUCACCCUUACCAUCUCCCGAAACAACGACGGCGCCCAAAUGUCGCAACCAUGUCCACCCUGCCUUUCCCGCCCUUAAACUUUGGCAAUAGCGUCACAUCGCCUUGUCCACCACCAAAAGCUUGUUUCUCCUUCCAGUCAAGGGCCCCCAAGCUCUCAAUCCGUCCAACGCCGUGCUUGGGUUUCCUUGGCAAUUGCGCUGCUCAGGGGACCUCCUUGGCAACUUGGCUCUUUGCUUGACUCGAGAGUCGAUAAUUAGUAUAGUAGUAGAAGAGCGUCGAGACUGACGUCUGUGUGUAUGUGUGAAGGGGGUGAAAAGAGAGUUUGAUGCCAAAUUCUCAAAUAGCCAUACUUUCUUCUACCUCCUAACAUUUGCAUUCUCCAACAAAUACAGUAUCAAGACAAAAAUAGUACUCUUCUAGUAGGUGACCGUG